CCGUAAUGUAGACGGCGGUUGCAGUUUUUCUAGGAAAGAAUUAAUUUUUUUCCUGUUAUCUGGCGUUAACUUCCACGCUGUUCCCUUCAAGCGAUACUCCAUAAAUUUCUCCUCCAACCCUUCGAAGCACAAGUGCAUAGGCUCUACCGGCAUUUGGGCAGGUAAGUUAUAAUCUGUCAGUUUCAUUAGCUCAGACAUUCCUUGCAGUCCAAUAAACUCGUGCAGUUGAUCAGGAGCUCCUAAAACUGCUGCACGCGCACGCGCUCGCUCUUUCGUAAUCUGAGCAUCUCGAAGUUUUGGUAGACGGAAUGGCGCCUGCUUUGAAUUUACCAUUGGGUAGCAUUUUAUCGUUCUUUCGUCUACGCCAGGAUUCAAAAGAACCCUUUCCCCAGCAUAUUCACAGUGCACGCAUCCAAAGUCAGCCAUGAAGGAGCUCAUAUGCGCAAUCGGCCAUCGUUCCUGGCUGUCAGCGAUAUAAGUCGAGGAGCUCCUCCAUAACUGGAUGUAGAAGUGCCUGCUUCCAGUUCGCGGGUUGCUGCCAUUUUUGUUGAAACAAUUUUUCACUUUUGUUCCAUAGUCCUAGAAUGUGCGGGGUUGGCCGUUUGUUUUUCACUGGUAAGUGAUAGCUUAAAAUCCAUAUAUUUGAUUUUGACGAUUUCGCUGUUGCCGCUCCAUCGGAAAAUAGCGCUAUCGGAAGAAAUCGUCCAAGCUUUCGGGCAUAAUUUUUAUAAAUCUCACCAUCUGUAAAAGAAGUAAUGCAAUCUUCGUCUUGUGCUGGCACAUUGUAGGAGCUCCUAAAUUUGGCCGACUGCGCUAACGCUGUUAUCCUUGGCUUCAAUGGGAAAUGCACAAAGGUAAACAGGCUGAGUGAACCUUUCGGAUACUGGCUUUCGCAUUUUGGGCAAUUGGUAGUUCCUUCGGUCCGCUGUUCUGCGCCAAUGUAACUGCCACACAAAGGGCAUGCAACAUGGAGGUCGUAUUUUGGGAACAUAUUUCUUUUUCGGAGUCCCGCUUCCAGUUGGUACAACGUUCUGGGGAAUUUGGAAUUUUCAGAUGGGACAGGAACACGAUCCCAGUCGUCGUGGAGCUCCACGUGGACUUCUUGUGGUUGUUGUUGAAACUCAUCAUGAUCUAUAACGAUAGUAUUCUCGGCUGCUAGUGUGCUACCAAAUAGAUCUACUCGUACCAUUUUCGCCAGGUUCUGCCGCAACAGUUUCAAUCAACUCUUGCUGAUCGGUGGCAUCCACCCCGUCAAGAAUUUCUGCCCAGUCGUCGAGGAGCUCCUCACGAACUUGAUGGUUUCCUGCGUAGCACAUAGCGGUUCAAUCACACUUCCGUUCCAGAUAUAUCAAGUAUUAAAUUCUUGAUGAAUUUGAGAUUUAAUAUAUCCGGAACAGCUGUGUUACUUGCCGUCGCCGAUACCACCAUCAUCCCGAUAAUCAGCGCCCAAAGCUGCUUCUGGAAUUGUGGUUUUCCGUCUGCGGUUCCGGUUGGCAUGCUGCCGAAUGCCAACUUUACGCCUCCUGCGUUCCAUUUCACAAGGUGCUGUUAUUUCAUUGUUCCACGAUGGAAUUUAUCAUGUUUCGGGAGCUCCCCUUUUCUGAUAUCAAGUAUUAUUACGCGGCAAAGAAUCAGUUUGAUGACGACUUUGUUCCGGGCGAUAAGUACAAAUGCUAUUUUCCUGAAUCGAAGAAGGACCACGUAGCCGAAUUUGUUGGAUGGUUUCCCACGGAAGAGCGAGCCGAAAUGCGACUCACCGAGUUGCAGCAGCGGGACGGCAAAAAGUCUGGAGCUCCAGCAAAGCGCCGGGCGACAAAGAUGACCGACACGGAAAUCCACAAGAAGGCGAAGCAGCCGGACGAUAAGCAAAGUGGCUGCCAAAAACCGCUAACGUUUCAGGAGCGAAUGCGACAGAAUGGCGUUGUGCUGGGGAAUUUAGCAGAAAACCGUAGUGGUGGCCAUCAACCGAGCACGUCCACAGGGAUCACCAGCCUGGCAUCAAAGGAGCUCCCGUUGCCAGUGAAGCUGCGUGGAAACACACAGCUGCCACACACUUUGCCGACAACUUCAACCAAUGAUCAUUCGAACCGGCCGCUGGAAGAGCCGUCUGCUUCAUAUACGGAAUUGAAACGAAUGCAGCCACUGCAGUGUCCAGCGGCAGAUGUAUCUUUUGAUCGUAAAGUUGGAAAGUCGACUGACUUUUACAAUUUAUGGGACACAUUAAGCACUGAUGGUGCUUGGACAAGCCAGACUGAUUUAGUGGAAAAAAUUGCUUUCGAUGUUAAACAAGCGGAACUGGAUCGCGAUGCAUCAUUCGAAGUGUGGGAGAACGCUGCUGUCCAACAGCAAAAGGCGCAGGGAUUGUCGGAAGAGGAUUUAUACGUGGCAUCUGACACGGAGAUUUUUCGCGCCCUGGCCAUGGCGGAAAUUCCGGUGGUUGAAGAUGGGCCGACUCGCAACACCGCCAUCGUCACGUUUCCACAAGCCGCUUUGAUGGGAGCUCCCUCCGACGGGACUGCUAAUAGCUCAGAUGUGAAAGUGCCCACUGUACUCGUGAAGAACACAGCGGAUAUGCUGAAAAGGAGUUCCAUGUUGUCCAGCUGCCGCAAAUUUCAGACAACGCCGAUUUGUUGGAGGAAGGGUUUCCAGUUAAAUUCAAAGAUCACCGUUGGAAAUGGCCAGAAAUAGGAGCUCCUGUUACGGCUGAUGAAGAAUACUAUAUUCCUCUGCGCACCUCAGAGCGGGAAUUUCAUCUAAAGAAUCCUCCGAGGGUGAAUCGUUCUGCAAUUACUCUGCGCGACCAGUUGUCUCCAUGGUUUUUCCAGUUGGGAGGUCCCGGAAAGAAACACCUGGACGUCGCCUUUCCUGCCGUUUUUGUGGACGAUGAUAGCCAUUUUUUAGAGGCUCAGUUUCUUAAUCGAAAGAUCACCGCAGAGAAGUUUUCGUGGUACUUGAUGUCGCGAAUGAUGGGAGGAGCUCCUGGCCUCAUUCGUUUGGCGACGCUGUACGAAAUGCACAAACAAACUGCCACUAACAAGCGGCAGUAUAACUUCUACGAAAGAGUUUUGGGAAUUGACUUCUUCCGUUCUGUUGACAAAAAGACUCGGGAUUUAAUUCGCGCUAUGGUGCCCACUAAUUCGGGUGGCGCUGAAGCAGCUGCUCGCGCUGCAGUAAUUAAAGGCCUCCCGGAAAUCCCCAAAUCCAUGCAGUCCCACUUUGGCCAUAAGUUUGCCAACUGGAUGGAUAAGUUCAAGGAACAACACGAAAGAAAAAGAGCUGUGGACCGCGCAUUUUUCUAACCAUCUAAAGGAGCUCCUAUUGUGGUGGUAUUUGUUGCUAUUAAAAUAAAAUUUUGUUCCGUUACUUCGAUGCCUGCGCAUUAUUGAUAUUUCUUCUGUUUACGUAUUUCUGUUACCGGCGGUUACGAUUUUAUGCUGUUUAUAUGCUGAGCGUUGGUCUUAUGAUUGGUCGGUUUGUGCGUGCGCGGUACGGGCUGCUAUGCCGUUUGAAUGCUACGAUAAAAGUUACUGAAUUUG